AUGUAUCGACAAGAUGUGCCUAUUACCAUGAAGGGGACGGCGUCCUCUCUUUGCAACAACCUCUCAGUCCAUGCCGUGCCCGACAAGCGACAGAUCAACUAUGCCGUUGUCCACAAGUCACUGGUCAAUCUGAUCUCUGCCACAACCGACGGAUCUUCCGUGGUCGGUCGUCAGAUUCUCUGUAAAGAACCGGCAGCCACCCAGGGAGUGCCCUUUGUCAUGCAGGUCAAGUGGGUCAUUUUACCGACCAGGUCACUGUUGGUGUUGACCACAGGGAGAGGAAUCCAGAUUUUUGAACCAGAUGGGGCUGCCAUGGUGUACUUUCAUUCACUGAGUGACUCAUUAGAUAAAAGCAACUAUGCAAAAGGUGUGGCUGGUGUGGGAGAAAAGACACUUUGUGUUGGAACUGAGACUGGAGCCAUUCUCAUGUUUGAUGUUCCAGCCAAGGGAAACAAUAUCACAUUGUUGGAUACCGUUUGUAAACAUCAAGCCCCGGUCUCAGAUCUGACCUCCGAGAAAGAUGUCCUGGCCAGUGCAGAUGACUUGGGAACUAUCAUCAUGUGGACGUUCAAUGGGAUCAAGUUGUCGCCGGUGACAAGUAUCAGAGGAACUGGGUGGCCCUGCAAUAGUUUAGCCUUGUGGAAGAGUGUGGUGAUUGCUGGGUUUGCAUCUGGCCAUCUGCGUGUCUACAACGCCAACUCUGGCAUCUGUGGGGCCGAGGUCUUAGCACAUGCUCGCACAAUCAAUGCUGUUGAUGUUUCCAGAGACAAUGGAAUGGUAUUAUCUGUGAGUGAUGACACAUUCUUCAGGGUGUGGCAUCUCAAAGCCUUGAAUGUCCCUCAGAUUGAGUUCUGCCACGGGGAGACUGUGAAGAAUAGCCAACUUGUUGGAGGCCGUUUUGUGGAUGGACAAGGGAGAGCACUCUGUGUAACCGGCUAUGAUAGCAGUGAAAUUACUUUCUUCGUCAGAGUAUAA